AUGUCAAAUCAUGAUAGCCAAGAUGACCUCAUUCAGCUUGCGGCUUUCCUAUUGUGGUUCAUCUGGAAAUGCAGAAAUGCUCUGGUAUUCAAUGGUCAAAACCAGCCUCCCCACCAAGUUAUCCAGGCUGCUAUCUCUUCCCAAUUGGAAUUUAACAGGGCUAAAGAUUCUGCUUCUCCAUCUCAAGUUAGAGCAGAUACCCUCAGAACCAUUUUUUGGUUCCCUCCCACUAGAGGCACACUGAAAGUUAACUUUGACACUGCAGUGGACUCAAAAAAUGGAAGAAGUUCAAUGGGUAUAGUUGUCCAAGAUCAUUCUGGCAACUGUGUGGACUGGUAUUUCAAAGUCUAUCCUUAUUUGUCGGACCCUUUAAUUCUAGAGAGCAUGGCUUGCCGAGACUCCAUUUCCUUAAUCCUUAACAGGGGUUUUCAGAGAACUAUUGUAGAAGGUGACUCUGAUAUCCUCAUUAAUGCAAUUCCGACUCAGUGCCCUCCAUCAGGUAUUGCUAGUUUGGUUAAUGAUAUCCAACAAAUGUCUCAAUCCUUGGAUUUUCUUUCUUUUAGUGUUGUUAAGCGUUCUUGUAAUAGGGCAGCUCACUGUUUAGCUCAGAAGCCUUUGCAUGUGCCUUUUUGCCGUAGAAAUGCUGUUCUUCAAUACAUUAUACAAAACACUUCUGCAAUAAAAAAAAAUGUAGCAUCGCCACUGUACUCUUCCAUGACACCGCCACUACUUUAG